GUUAUUCACCUGUUGCGCUCUUUAUACCUUGUAAUCAAUUAGAGGUAUUGACAAUGCCAUACUGUUCAAGCGGGGUAUUCAUAACAUGCAAAUGUUGUACGGUUAUGACAAUGCAGAUAUGAUUUUCUGGUUGUGUACUUUGCACAAUCAACAUAAACAACAUUGUGAAGUGAUUUACUGCAACUCAGACCAGUAUAAAUGUAUAGCUAUAUUUUUACUGGUAGCCUGCCUAUUUCAUGGAUGAGUCAUGUAGGCUAAUAUAAUCAAAACCGUGCUAUUUCCUGUAAUUCCGUUCUGUGGUCUGAUAGGCGUCUGUUCCUACAGAGGAGUGCCGGUCUACACAUUUGCUCCAUUCCAUUCACAGGAGUUUUUCUUUACAUAAGGAGGUACCGACACUAAUGCUAAUUGUCCUCCCUCUGCAGAAUGACUGCCGAAAAUGGUUAUGACUGUGUAGUUUAGAGCAGGGUUCUCCACUGGCGGUGGUUUUAUUUGCCCCCACCCCCCAAGUUUGAGGAAAAAUAAAAAUAUGUUGAAUUUUCAUUGUUGGACAUAAAAUAAUGUAAAAACACCAGGAAUAAGCUCCAAAUGAUUCGACCCCCAUCACAUGAUUGGAUAAACUACAGAUUAAGACAGAAGCCGAUUCAUAUAGAUAAUCAAGAAGUGUUUUGCCAACGAGUUGACUUGUCAGGUGCAUACAGCGCAGUUCAGUCGCGGAGCCAACGAAAGGAGAACGGUGAGAAAACAACCACACAGAGAAGAUUUAGAGAUGGCGAAGGCAGACCAGCGCUUUGGGCAGAGAGAUGGCUCCGACCAGAACUUUGACUACAUGUUCAAGCUCCUCAUCAUUGGCAACAGCAGCGUGGGCAAGACCAGCUUUCUGUUCCGAUACGCCGACGACUCGUUCAGCAACUCUUUCGUCAGCACGGUGGGCAUCGACUUCAAAGUSAAGACCGUCUACAGGAACGAAAAGAGGGUCAAGCUCCAGAUAUGGGAUACAGCAGGACAGGAGAGGUACAGGACUAUCACCACCGCCUACUACCGUGGAGCCAUGGGCUUCAUCCUCAUGUACGACAUCUGCAACGAAGAGUCCUUCAACGCUGUACAGGACUGGGCUACCCAGAUAAAAACCUACUCGUGGGAUAACGCUCAGGUCAUCAUGGUGGGUAACAAGUGUGACAUGGACGAGGAGAGGGUAGUGCCCGCAGAGAAGGGCAAGCACUUGGCUGACCAAUUAGGGUUCGAGUACUACGAGGCCAGCGCCAAGGAGAACAUUAACGUCCGCCAGGUGUUUGAGCGGCUGGUCGACAUCAUCUGCGUCAAGAUGUCCGAACGAGUGGACGUGGAGCCGCCCAUGGCCCCCAGCAUCAAGACCACAAGGCUCACCGACAAGCCCCCCCAGCUACCUCAGAAGUGCACCUGUGCCUGACUCACACUUAUAGGGCCGAGUCAAGCCAUGCCGAGCCGUGCUGGGCUGGCCUGGAUCCACCGUAGUUGCUGGGACCGUGCUGCAAAGGACAAUGUGAAAAGAAAAUGUUCAGAACAGUGCAGUUCGAGCCGGCCCUAUAGUGUGAAAUAGGUAAUACUGAUUUGGUCACCCAGUUCUCCCCUAAUACACUUGCCAUUCCACUACUGGUCUUUUCCUAUUCUCUGUUAUUAAGCUAUWACAAGUUCCACCAACCUCUUUCCAAAGGUAGCUCUCCAUACAAUAUAUUUCGUGACUGCAAGCUCCCAAUAACUACUACUACUACGAUUACUUUUCUUUAGCAUUACAUAUCUUUUUCACCCCUAUAGCUUUGACCUCCAGCUGGUUCAGAGGUCAGAGAACCUUAAGCAGGGUUAUACAGGUAAGCACAGCACUGCCUCUCUCCUCCUCCAAACAAAAGUGGCUUCACCACCGCACAAAGAAACACACACAGCUGUUCACGUUACGAGUUGACACGGGUGAGGAGAUAAGCCUCGAUAGCUGCAGAAGUUCCCGAGUCAGUUUGUCUCGUGCUCUUGACCGUCCUACUAGCGUUUCGCAAGCACUAAAGCUAAGACAAACGAACGCAAUCUGCCCCGUUGAUUUUUCAUUCUCAACGAUAUGAAGGGAGUAAUAACACUGAUAAAACGACAAGAUGGCCAAUACGUCUUGCACCACCAACACUAAGCCAAUGCCAUGUUCAGGGUGUUCUGACAUUCUGAGGGACUAUAACGUUCUAGAAUAAAGAUGUUCAUUGAAGAGCACACCCUUUUCCCUCCUUACCCUUCAGCUAAUAUAAUCUUGUAGCCGUCAUGUAAGCCAUGUUUACAAUGUUUAUUUCAUGAACGUGUGCGUUUUAGAAAGCAAAGCAUAUACUGUAUAAUUGAGUGUUCAGUUGUAACGGUUUUAUUAGUGUUUGAUGUAUCUUGGGCAGAUGUGAAAUCUUUAAAUCAUGUAAUGUCAACUGAGACACAUCGAAAUACUUUGUGAAAUGGGAUAAAAUCAGAAAAUAUUGAAUAAAUGUGUUUGAAAAAUUAUGGAUUAUAACCUAAUGAUGACAAUGUGAAACAUACUUUGCCAAAUCUUUAUGUAUCGCAUAGUAGCACGUUUUUAUGUGUAACUUCCCACCAUGUGUAUUUUCAGUUUUUUAUUGAAUUGCUAGAUUUGCAAUAAUGCUGACAAUGUCUUAAUAUAAUUAUUUUCUAAGUAAAUUAGUAAAUUAUAGAGUUAGAAUCUAUAAUGGUGUUGCUGAAUUUAUUUUUAUGCUGUAUCAUGGGAAGAAAUAUAGACCAUUUAUGUAAACGUGUUACAGUAAACUCCUUGAACAAAUGGGAGAAAAGCACAAAGUGAUUGUACAAAAUAUUGUGAAUGUUUGUAUAUUAUAGGUAGAUGCAAUUUAGUAUAUUAAAGCACAAAUCUUUACUUGAA